GAGGCCGCGGCCUCGCUGUCUUCGGCAACGCCCACCACAUCUGAAUCUCACCCACCCACACCCCCGCACCCCUCCGAGCUCCGCAUGGCGCCGGCGAUGGGGCUGAAGCGGCCGGCGGCGGCGGCGGCGGCAGGGGCAGCCGCGCAGACCGUGACGUUGCCCGCGCCCGCCGUGCGGGAGGCGGUGCGCGUCGCCGUGCGGGAGGCCGAGGCGACCGCGCCCGCCAGGGUUGCGGCGCCGGCGGUCGCGAGGGACGGGGUGCUGUGCCUGGAGGAGGUGGACGGGAGGCGGUGGAGCUACGUGGUCGACGGCCCCGGGGCCGCCGUGAAGGCCAAGGGGAGGGCGUCCGUGGGCGCCUCCUUUAGGGCCGUGCCGCUCCAGUCCCCGCUGCCGCCCAUCGAGGAAAUAAUGUCCUUUAUAAGGUCAUAUGUUGUGCCUGAAGGCUUUCCCGACAGUGUCACUCCUUCAUAUGUCCCAUACAUGUCAUGGAGAGCAUUGAAGCAUUUCUUUGGUGGAGCAAUGGGUGUGUUUACAACACGAACCUUGCUAAAUUCUGUUGGAGUCUCCCAAAGCAGGGCUACAUCUGGUGCUGUGGCUAUCAACUGGAUACUCAAGGAUGGGGCUGGGCGUGUUGGAAAGAUGCUUUUUGCUCGUCAAGGGAAGAAAUUUGACUAUGACCUGAAGCAGCUCCGCUUUUCUGGUGAUCUUUUGAUGGAGUUAGGAGCUGGGAUAGAAUUAGCUACUGCAGCUUUCCCACAACUUUUCCUACCAAUGGCUUGCAUAGCAAAUGUUGUAAAGAAUGUUGCUGCUGUCACUUCAACCUCAACUCGCACACCAAUCUACAAGGCAUAUGCCAAAGGAGAAAAUAUUGGUGAUGUCACUGCUAAAGGAGAAAGUGUAGGGAACAUUGCUGAUCUGUUGGGAACUGGUAUGAGCAUUCUAAUCUCUAAAAGCAAUCCAUCACUGGUGACUUCAUUUGCCUUCCUGUCUUGCGGAUAUCUCCUUAGUUCAUAUCACGAGGUGCGAUCUGUUGUACUGAACACUCUAAAUAGGGCUAGAUUCACUGUGGCUGUGGAUUCUUUCAUCAAGACUGGGCAUGUACCCUCAUUGAAGGAAGGAAACUCACAAGAGACAAUAUUUAAUCCACCUUGGCGACAUGAGCCAGUGGCGAUAGGAUCAAGAUUUGGGGAGGCAUUUCAAGAACCUGCUUCGUUUGUUGCUAUAAGGCCUUUGUUCGAGGAUGAGAGGUAUAUGGUUACAUAUAACCCGACAAAGGACAAGGUAUAUGCUUUGCUCAAGGACCAAGCAAAGCCAGAUGACAUUCUCAAAGCCGCUUUCCAUGCACAUGUGUUACUGCAUUUUAUUAAUGCUUCACAUGCUAACCUGAAUGCACGGAAGCACAUGAACUCCAACCGGUUGUACCAGUAUAACCCACUGAACAUGGACUUUCUACCACACAUUGAAGAGUCCUGCAAGAUUGUUAUGUCGUCUUAUGGAGUUUUCAAGAAGAAAGCAAGAGAUCAAGGAUGGAUAAUGUCAGAAUCACUGCUUAACCCUGGGCGAGCUCGAUUGUGUGGAAUAGUACCACAAUGAUCCAAGUCUUUCAUUUGUCAUGAUGAAGAGGAUGAGAUUUUUUUCUUCAUAUAUUGGAGUCCCAUCCCUAUGCGAGUCAGCGAACCUAACAUAAAUCAACAGCUCAAGUACUUAAAAUACCCCAAAUUGUCACGAGGACAGAAGGAACAAUACUUGAACCUGGGACAGGAGUCAGCAUGAUAAAAACGUUCCGGGAGGGGUAUGCGGACUCAUGAAGGGACUCCCAACUAACUGCGAAGACCAACUAACGAAGUUUUGUAUAUCUGUGUUUUGGUACUGUAUAAUGGAGACGGUUAUCCUUCCUGACUAAGUGGUCAUCGGCUGAGUUGUUUUGAUUGUUCGGCAUACAUUUUCCCGCCAACUUCGUGAUACUGUGCUUUCUGUGCUUCUCGUUUCUUGGGGUGCUGUAAAUGCCAGUUUCCGGUAAAAAAAAAGUAUCUGUUUGAUAUCCAGAGUAUGACCAAAUUGUUCAUGGCUCA